CGGCCCUGGCCCAUGGCGGCGUCAGCGGCCCUGUCCGCAGCGGCGGCGGCGGCGGCCCUGUCGGGCCUGGCGGUGCGGCUGUCGCGCUCGGCAGCGGCCCGCGGCUCGUACGGCGCCUUCUGCAAGGGGCUCACGCGCACGCUGAUCACCUUCUUCGACCUGGCCUGGCGGCUGCGCAUGAACUUCCCCUACUUCUACAUCGUGGCCUCGGUGAUGCUCAACGUCCGCCUGCAGGUGCGGAUCGAGUGAGCAUCCGCGGCAACCUCAGCCCGGCCGCGACGGCAGGGGCACCAGCAUGAAGGACCGCGGGGCCCGCGGCCGCCGGCACUCCGCGGGGGAAGGAGGAGGGGCGGCCCGCGCCCCAGGGCCCUAGAUCUGCGCGGAGGACCGAGCCCCGUGCCCCCGCUCCUGCCACCCUUGACGCGGCCAGUGCUGAACUGCACAGAAGCUCGUGAAACGGGCCCUUUCCAUCGAACUCGAGAAAAUUAUUUGCCUGCGGCCGACCUGUUGCCUCACCUUGGCCGAAGCGGGGAGCAGAAGGAAGAAAUUCUGCAGCAGGUACCUGAAGGACUGGCCCUGACCAAAGCGGCUGGCCCCCUGCCCAGGAUCGCAUGGGAGAGGCUCCUCUGGAUGGGCCGGCAUUGGUCCUGGAGGGCCUGGCUGCGCUGCUGACUGGCGCACCCGGAGCAGUGCAGAGGGGAGCCGGGAGAGACCCUGGCCCUCACCCCCCACCCGGUCCCACAUCUGCUCGGGCACUGGUUGCUCGUGGUCCACGACGUACUCAGAGUUCCUGGGACGGAGAACCACAGCAGCCUGGUUGCCCCUCCCCCGCCCCGGGACCGAGUGGCCGAGCCUCACCACGUGCCCCCCUCAGCCGCCCAGCUGGAGCCCGGGUCCUGUGGCCGCACAGGCUGCUGUCCACCCCAGCCUGAGAGCCGAUGAAGAUCCCAGGGCCUGAGGCUGCACCCAGGCCACCACGUGCCCCUCGCAGAUGCCACAGACGGGGCCUGAAGGCUUCCUUCUUUGUGCCAAGUCACCCAGGAGUCCCUGAUCCUGGUGGCCCCUCCUCCACCCCGACUGUGUCUACCCAGGACCACUUCUGGGAGGCUGCCAGCCUGCGGACUGCCUCCGUGGAGCUCUGGGGACAGCCUCUGAGAGACUGACGUGGGGCUGAUGGGAAGAGAGCAGAGAGGACGAGGGGCCUCCUUGGAGGUGAUGGGCAGAUGUGCCCCU